AUGCAGCGAGCUCUUUCCUCCAGAACUUCCGCUCUGUCCCGAGCUCCCUUUUCCAAGCUCAGAGCCUCUGGUGUUAGCCUGCAACAGCAGAGAUAUGCCCACAAGGAGCUCAAGUUCGGUGUCGAAGCUCGCGCCAACCUCCUGAAGGGUGUCGACACCCUUGCAAAGGCUGUCACUUCCACACUCGGCCCCAAGGGUCGCAAUGUCUUGAUUGACCAGAGCUAUGGCUCGCCUAAGAUCACCAAGGAUGGUGUUACCGUGGCCAAAGCCGUUACCCUCCAAGACAAGUUCGAGAACCUCGGCGCUCGUUUACUCCAAGACGUUGCCUCGAAGACAAAUGAGACUGCUGGUGAUGGUACCACUACCGCUACCGUUUUGGCCCGCGCCAUCUUCUCCGAGACCGUGAAGAACGUUGCCGCUGGAUGCAACCCUAUGGACCUCCGUCGCGGUACACAGGCCGCCGUUGAAGCCGUCGUCGAAUACAUCACGGCGAACAAGCGUGAUAUCACCACCACCGAGGAGAUUGCCCAGGUUGCCACUAUUUCUGCCAACGGCGAUCUUCACGUUGGUAAGCUCAUCUCCAACGCCAUGGAGAAGGUCGGCAAGGAAGGUGUCAUCACUGUCAAGGAGGGCAAGACUAUUGAUGACGAGCUCGAGGUUACUGAGGGUAUGCGCUUUGACCGUGGCUACACCUCCGCCUACUUCAUGACCGACACCAAGUCCCAGAAGGUUGAGUUCGAGAAGCCUCUCAUCCUUUUGUCCGAGAAGAAGAUUUCUGCCGUCCAAGACAUUAUCCCUGCCCUCGAGGCCUCGACGCAACUCCGCCGCCCUCUCGUUAUCAUCGCCGAGGAUAUUGAGGGCGAGGCUUUGGCUGUUUGCAUUCUCAACAAGCUCCGUGGCCAGGUCCAAGUUGCUGCCGUCAAGGCCCCUGGCUUUGGUGACAACCGUAAGAACAUUCUGGGCGACUUGGGUGUUCUCACCAACGCCACUGUCUUCACUGAAGAGCUUGACAUUAAGUUGGACAAACUCACCCCCGACCAACUUGGUUCCACUGGUGCCAUCACUAUCACCAAGGAAGACACCAUCAUCCUUAAUGGCGAGGGCAGCAAGGACUCUAUCGCUCAGCGCUGCGAACAGAUCCGCGGCGUCAUGGCCGACCCUGGUACCUCCGAAUAUGAAAAGGAGAAGCUUCAGGAGCGUCUUGCCAAGCUUUCCGGCGGUGUUGCUGUCAUCAAGGUUGGCGGUGCUUCCGAGGUUGAGGUUGGCGAGAAGAAGGACCGUGUUGUCGAUGCUCUCAACGCUACCCGUGCUGCUGUCGAGGACGGUAUUCUCCCCGGUGGUGGUACUGCCCUCCUCAAGGCCUCUGCCAACGGAUUGGACCACCUCAAGGGCGCCAACUUCGACCAGCAGCUUGGUAUUGACAUCAUCCGCAAGGCUAUUACCCGCCCUGCUCGCACCAUUGUUGAAAACGCUGGCCUUGAGGGCAGUGUUAUCGUUGGUAAGCUCACUGAUGAGUAUGCUGCCGACUUCAACAAGGGUUUCGAUAGCUCCAAGGGCACGUACGUUGACAUGAUCGAUGCCGGUAUCCUCGACCCCCUCAAGGUCGUCCGCACUGCUUUGGUUGAUGCCAGCGGCGUUGCCUCCCUCCUCGGUACCACUGAGGUCGCUAUCGUCGAUGCCCCUGAGGAGAAGGCCCCUGCUGGUCCUCCUGGAGGAGGCAUGGGCGGCAUGGGUGGUAUGGGCGGUAUGGGUGGCAUGGGAUUCUAA